GAUCACCCGACAAAGUGUUCACGGCAUAUACUUUUUUUCUUCUUUUGCAUUUGUUUCAUAUCAGUAUACUAAUAACAACAACAACAACAACAAGACGAAGACGAUGGAAGAACAAAGAACAAAUGGAAAUUACCAUCCGCCCACACAAACACGCAUGGCAGGCGGUGCAACGUCAACUCCAACUCAUGGAUCAAGAACUAUAACGCUCGAUCCAACACAAGAUCAGCAUAGCGAUGAUCGAGAAGAUGCCAGCGCCGAGAAUAGCGAAGACGAAGUCGGUGUUUUACGCUUGAGAGGCGACAUGUCAGCUCGACGACCUCGUGCCAUUCAAUGGGACGAAAGUGUCGUUGAUAAUGAACACAUGAAUAAGAAAAAAUCAAAAAUCUGUUGUAUCUAUCAAAAACCUCGCGCAGUGGGCGAAUCGUCUUCGGAAUCCGAAAGCGACAGUGAUAGCAGCAGCAGUAGUAGCAGUGGCAAUGAUAGCGAUAGUUCGCAUGGUGACAAGUGUGGACACAAGCAUCACCAUCACCGGCAUAGCAACAAGAAGAAAAAGAGACGUAAUCCUCGGGAAGCCAGUCCAAAUGCUUAUGAGCGUCAACCUGUUUAUAAUAAAGAUCGACAGCGGAAAUAGGUGUAUACAAGUAGCGAGAAAAAGGAGUAGGGCAGGAGGAUUAAGGAAUGUUGGCAAAUAGACUAGCCUCCACUUAUUUGAUUUGGCUGGUUGGAUCUCGGACAAUAUACGAAA